GUCCUGUAAGCGGUUCAUCUGUCACCCGUAAGGCAAAUGGGUGCUCCAGUGCUCACCAACGCCAGGUCGCCGCCCUUGGUGCUUUCCACCUGAGUUCCUCGUCGUCGGGGAAGUCCGCCGAGGGAAGGUGGGGAAGAUUCCAAUUCGAAGAAGCCUGUAAGAGCGGCAGGUAAAAUUAAGGAAUCUUGCAACAAUUUCUCGAUUGGAUGUCUGUGAUGAAUGCCUUGCUCGUUCUGUCUACGGGUGAGAAAAAGAGAAACGUUUUCCAGGAUGCUUGAUAUAAUCAGGUUGUAGAGUUGGAACAGGAGAAAGGUGCCACUGGAGUGGUAGAUCUGAACAGGGGAGUGAAGUUGGGAAUAUGGGAUCUGUUUCCUCUUGCUUGCUUGAAGAGGAUACUGAGGAAUAUCAACAUUCAAGUGCUUCGGUUUUCAGAAGCUGCAUCUGCCUCAGAUGCUUGGCUCAGCAAUUGAUAAGCGUGUACACUGCAUUAUUUUCAAGAGAGGAAGUGCAUGCCGCUCCAUCUUUGCGGGAAAGAGUUCCUGUUGCAUCUCCAUCACUAAACAUUAAUGACUCUAUUCCUGACACGUACAAUGCUCCGCCCAGGCCUGUACCUUAUGAUGAUCCUAUAUUCUCCCAGCUUCAGCAUGAUGGGCUUAUCUCAAGGCACGAUAAAAUCUUAAGCCAUUUCCAUGAGGAGUCUGAACCAUUUAUAAACAACAAUGAUAAUGAGGCAGAAUUGAAAACAGAAGGCAAAUGUAAGUCAAUCUUUGACGGAGGAUAUAAAUUUGGUCAGCCAGAGUCCUCACUAAAGCGCUUCUCUGCAGAACCCAGAAAAGAAAUAAUGAAUAACUUUCCUUAUGAGGAUGAGGAUGUUUGUCCAACAUGUCUUGAAGAUUAUACUUCUGAAGACCCCAAGAUUACAAUGCAAUGCUCUCAUCAUUUCCAUCUUGGUUGUAUAUAUGAGUGGAUGGAGAGAAGUGAUGCAUGUCCUGUUUGUGGCAAGAUGAUGGUAUUCAAGGAAGCAACAUGAUCACUCCAUGAACUCCGUGUGCCAAAGUUUGUAUAUAUCCAUAAUGUAAGUCUUCAUCGGUGGAUGUUUUAAAAUGACAAGGAACUCGCACGGCUUGCGCUCGGGUGGAGAGUUUUACAUAUUAGGCUCGAUAUUGUACAUGAAGUCCAUUUAAGAAAAAUCUCCUGUCGGAAGUUGUCCGAUAGUGGAAAAAGAUGAGCAUGUCAAUCUGAUGACUCCUCCGUGUUGCCAUUUUAUAGCACUUGCAUCGUCAAGUCUGUGAUAAGUGAAAACAAUACAUAGGAGAGGAUCACUGCUCGAGUUUUCUCUUUA